AGCGUGUUUCCGGCCGGAGGUGUGAGUAUCGCACCCCAUAAGAAGCGAGGACCGACACACGCCAUUGUAUGAAUUUGUGGCAUUCGAGUGUUUUUCGUUUCGUUUUAUAAAGCUUUUAUGUGCCGGUAGAUUUAACAGUCCACUGUUAAAUCAUCGACUCCCGUUUUUAAGGACAAACGUUUUAUUUAUAAGUAGCGACAUGGCAUCAGAUUCGUGGGCCCAGGCUGUCGAUGAACAAGAAGCCGCAGCGGAAUCGAUAGGCAGCUUGCAAAUAAAUGAAAAAGAUGACAAGCUGAAAGCUGAAGCAAAUGGGGCAAAAACAGAAGGAGACGGAGAGAAGACCGAAGACGAUGAUAAAGACGACAAGGCAGCACAGUCACUACUGAAUAAACUGAUCCGCAGUAAUCUAGUAAACACCACCAAUCAGGUUGAAGUCCUUCAGAGGGAUCCGAGCUCUCCGCUGUACUCCGUCAAGUCCUUUGAAGAGCUACGAUUGAAACCUCAGCUGCUUCAAGGAGUGUAUGCCAUGGGUUUCAACAGGCCAUCCAAAAUCCAGGAGACCGCAUUGCCCAUGAUGCUUGCAGAACCUCCACAGAAUCUCAUCGCUCAGUCUCAGUCAGGCACGGGUAAAACGGCUGCCUUUGUGCUGGCCAUGUUGAGUCACGUGGACCCUGAUAACAAAUGGCCUCAGUGUCUGUGUGUGUCCCCCACAUACGAGCUCGCCCUACAGACGGGCAAGGUCAUCGAGCAGAUGGGCAAAUUCUACCCUGAAGUCCAACUAGUGUAUGCCAUCAGAGGAAACAAAUUGGAGCGGGGAACAAAAUUACAAGAACAGAUCGUGAUUGGCACUCCUGGUACUGUUUUGGAUUGGUGCCAGAAGCUUAAAUUCAUCGACCCCAAGAAGAUCAAGGUGUUUGUCCUGGAUGAAGCUGAUGUCAUGAUCGCCACACAGGGCCACCAAGACCAGAGCAUUCGAAUCCAGAGGAUGCUUCCUAAAAGUUGCCAGAUGCUGCUGUUCUCGGCGACAUUUGAGGAAACCGUUUGGAACUUUGCGAAGAGGAUCGUUCCUGACCCCAACAUCAUUAAACUCAAGCGUGAGGAGGAGACUCUGGACACCAUCAAGCAGUACUACGUCAUCUGCAACAGCAAGGAGGAGAAAUUCCAGGCUUUGUGCAACAUCUACGGUGCCAUUACUAUCGCACAGGCCAUGAUCUUCUGCCACACCAGGAAAACCGCGGGGUGGCUGGCAGGAGAGCUGUCCAGGGAAGGCCACCAGGUGGCGCUGCUCAGCGGAGAGAUGCAGGUGGAGCAGAGGGCGGCGGUCAUCGAACGUUUCCGUGAUGGCAAGGAGAAAGUUCUCGUUACCACUAAUGUCUGCGCUAGAGGUAUUGAUGUGGAGCAAGUUUCAGUCGUUAUCAACUUCGAUCUGCCGGUGGACAAGGAUGGCAACCCUGACAACGAGACGUAUUUGCACAGAAUCGGGCGUACUGGACGAUUUGGCAAGAGAGGGCUGGCGAUCAACAUGGUGGACAGCAAAUUUAGCAUGAACAUCCUCAAUCGCAUCCAGGAGCACUUCAAUAAGAAAAUCGAGAAGCUGGACACGGAUGAUUUGGAUGAAAUCGAGAAAAUCGCCAACUGAGCGUCCGUCUUCAUUGUUCUGACAGGACUGUGCUCGCGCGACAUUUUAAUUCGGAGGCUGGAAGCAGAGCUGUGCCAGAGAGGAUGUUUACAUGUGGAGCAGUUUUAUCUCAGAUGGUGUUUUUAUAGGUUUUGUUUAAUCACAUUUCACUCUUUGUACUUCUUAAUAAAUUGUGAAUGUCUAGUCUUAACGUCACGUGUACGAGAAUGCUACAGCGGCGGGAUGGUCUGGGAUAGUGGCACGAGGAACGUGCCUUUCGAUAUCAAGAGUUUCAUCAUGAACCUUUUAAAUUGACUUUUAACAACCUGCCUUUACACAAAAGUGUGGGGAAAAAUAACACUGACUGUUAUAUUGAUUUCUAACAUGGGACUCCAAACCAAGGACUCAUAACCGCAGAUGAGAUUUUUGUGAACUUUCUAUAACAAGUGUGCUACGCUUCAUGAGCAUUUUCAGUCACGUUUGUGUUUCAUGAAAUCUGGGUGCAGCUACGUUUGAUUUUUCUGUGACGCUCCAGACGAGGAGUCCAAAUGCAGGGUUUAUUUAAGAGGAGAGGUUGCUGUUAUUGUGUUUUUACAUUCAUAAUACUCAAUACCUCAUUGCUACAGAAGGGAUGCUGGCAGUUAUUGGCUCUGAAUUCAAAACAAACAUUGCCAAAGUCCUUUCAUUGGUAUGAAAUUAUGCAAAAGCCAAAGAUUUGUGCCUCCAUUGGAUUCGCCAGUAUUUAACGUGGCAUCAUUGUGUACAAAUAUUGUCAUACAUAUUUAAUAAGUACAAAGAGUGAAUUGUUGCUAUAUUUGACAGAUGCAGUGUAAAGAAAGCAGAUGUGUCACGGCAUUCGUCGUCAGAGUUGUUUGUUUUCUCAGUAACAGACUGCACUGAAUUGCGAACAAUCAGGUUCGAGUACACAAAUGCAAGUGAAUUAGUAACCGCAGAAGGCUGUGCCACAUUCCCAUUUGCAGCCGUCUUAAAAAUGUAAAAGGCAGAUGCUCUACAAUCUCACUGUAUUCUUCAGGGUAGCCAUUGCAAAUGAUUAUUUUAUAUUAUGGGACGUUUUAAUUUAACCAACCGACACUGCACUCGGCUCCAUUAUAUAUGCAUUAUAGACGUAUAUUUUAUUCACUGGCUUGUGCGUUGUUGUGAGGUUGGGGUAAAGUGUGUCAGUCGCAGCGUUGAAGGGAAGACUUCUUUUUGUUUUGAUAAAGAAAUACUGAUAUCUCCUGAUGCCUUGUUCAUUUUCUCAGUUUGGUUGAAGCGGUCUAUCAUAGCUGUUAUAAUGAUAUUAAAUAGAGGGUUUUAUUUUUUGCCAUUUUUUCUUGCAAACAAAUUUAUGUGAAAAUCUAUUAAACUAAAGGACUGUCUAGAAACCAACACUUGAUCUGGUGUCACGUCAGAUAAUAAAUGGACUUGUCUAUUAUCAAACACAUUCCUGCAUAAUCAUUGCAUUUCUACAUUUUUAGUAUGUGACUGAAACACCCAUAAUGCUUGAGGACAAUUCAGUGAUGACGUUUCCACAGCAGCACAAGGCUGCCCAUAGUCAUUUGUCAUGUCACCUCAAUUAUGUUUUUGUAACAUUACUCUCAUUCAUUCAUGUGAAAAAUGUUUUGAUCAUUUUUUUCAACAAACAUGCACUUACAGCUGACAAAUCAGCCUUUUGAAAUUAUUAAUAAUGUCCGUAUUUCACCUCAACUGAAUGUUGAUGACAAAAAAGUAUGUAUCUCUUUGAAAGUGCUCUGUUAUGAGUGUUUGGAGCAGAUCGGUGACCGUCUGGACGUUUCGGGAGGAAUGCUUGCCGCGGAUCUUGAUAAAACUGUUUAACAAAUCCAGCACCUCUCAGGUCUGCUGCAUUUGUGCUGAUAUUGAUGUCUGAAUGAUGUGUGCUAGAAUAAAACUACAAAUCCAAGUA